CCUUAUUAUGAUUUUAAUUAUUUUCGCAUUUUUUUUGACAAAUAUAAAAAAGAGAAACAGUUAUUAAACGGCUUCGUAAAUGGAAUUACACGAUGCCGGACUCCGGCGAGUGUUCGUGUUGGCAUUUUGCGUGGCCGGGAUUUGGUCUGCCUAUAUUUAUCAGGGUGUUCUUCAGGAAACUCUGUCCACCAAGCGAUUUGGUCCCGAUGGGAAGAGGUUUGAGCAUCUUGCGUUCCUUAACUUGGCGCAAAAUGUGGUCUGCUUAGUUUGGUCAUACAUAAUGAUAAAGCUUUGGUCCAGUAGCAGCAGUGGCGGAGCUCCCUGGUGGACUUACUGGAGUGCUGGAAUCACGAAUACAAUUGGUCCGGCCAUGGGUAUAGAAGCAUUGAAAUACAUCAGUUACCCUGCUCAGGUGCUGGCAAAAUCCUCAAAAAUGAUUCCUGUCAUGCUGAUGGGAACUCUAGUUUAUGGUAUUAGAUACACUUUACCGGAGUAUAUCUGUACUUUCCUUGUGGCUGGAGGGGUAUCUACAUUUGCACUUAUGAAGACUAGCUCAAAAACAAUUAGCAAGUUGGCACAUCCCAAUGCACCUCUUGGAUAUGGGCUCUGCUUUUUGAACCUUGCUUUUGAUGGCUUUACAAACGCCACUCAGGAUUCAAUAACUGCAAGGUAUCCAAAGACAAGUGCUUGGGAUAUCAUGUUGGGGAUGAACCUAUGGGGUACCAUAUACAACAUGAUUUACAUGUUCGGAUGGCCUCAUGGUAGUGGUUUUGAGGCAGUCCAGUUUUGCAGGCAGCAUCCAGAAGCUGCCUGGGAUAUUUUCCUCUAUUGCCUCUGCGGUGCUGUUGGCCAGAAUUUCAUUUUCCUGACCAUAAGUCGAUUUGGCUCCUUGGCGAACACAACCAUUACCACCACACGGAAGUUUGUCAGCAUCGUGGUGUCUUCUCUGCUGAGUGGCAAUCCCCUGUCUGGAAAGCAAUGGGGUUGUGUACUCAUGGUCUUCUCUGGGUUGUCAUACCAAAUCUACCUGAAGUGGAGGAAGCUGCAGAGGUUGCAGAAGAAGAGAAAGGCCUGAAGGAGGCCUAGUUUUGAGCUUUGCGUAUAACCCCUUUUAUUUAUUUUUUUUUGUAUUUUUUAACCUCUCCCCAUCAUUGUAGCCCUAAGGUUCAAUGAUCCCAAAUUUUAAUCAAUACUUAGAAAUUGGUAGAUGUAAUUGAAUAGAUAUUCAUUCGAGGAAAAAAGAACCAUCUGUGUCGAUAAGCUGUGAGCUUUAAGUGUUCUAUUCGAAAAACUUGUUGUGAACUUGUCAUAUCAAGGUAUGAAACAGCGCUUUGAUACCCAGGAUACAGCUGUAAUUGCAUUAUUUGGUUCACUUUCA